AUGCUUCCAGUCGUUGUCGACCCAGAAGUCGAGUCCGCCGUAGAUCUUCUUAAGGAGAUGUAUAAUAAAGUGGUAGCGGCGGCAAUCCUUAAAUCACCAAUACAACUACAAAUAUAUGAUGAUUCCUUCAGAAAAAAAGAAAAAGAGGAAUUAAUGUUAUUGGUGAAGGAGCUAUGUGAUGCCAUUGCUUUCAUUGAAAACCCGGUUACCCCUGUCGCCGCAAUUGAUUUCUUCGUUCUCUGUAUUUUCAUGGCUUCUUCUUCCGAUUCUGCGGCUUCUGUCCCUCCCUCCACUCCUCAGCCUACUGAUCAUUUGCUCCCUCCUCAGUCUACAGGUCCUCCGCUCCCUUCUCAGCCUACGUUCGCUCCGACAGCCCAUCCACUUGAAGCUGAGCCAGAGCAUCCACUUGAAGUAGUCGUUGCACCCUCCAAAGCCGAGAUUGCGAUCAACCUAAAAAUACUUAUCAACGACAAAUACCUUAACACUACCACUGCAGAAGACGCCGCCGCAACCCUCAGAGCCCACAAUGCCCCCAAAGCCUCCAAAACCCCUAAAGCCAUCAAAAUCCCACCCAUAAAACUGAAGAUUCUAAUGAAUGGAAAAGAUAUAGCUUUGGAUAUGACAGAAGCUACAGAGGACUCGGCAGACACCACCGCCGCAAUCUUAACACCAUGCUUCAGAAAAACCAAUGCUUUCAGUCAAUGUCGACCUAGAAGUCAAGAGGCAUGUGAUGUUGUUGAUUUCAUUAAAAGCCUUGCUACCCCUGCUGCCGUAAUUGAUUUCUUCGUUCUCUGUACUUUCAUGGCUUCUCCUUCCGACUCUGCAGCCUCUGUCCCUCCCUCCACUCCGCUCCCUCCUCAGCUUGCUGAUCCUCUGCUCCAUCCUUAA